GAGAACCCUCUGGCAUACAUUCAUCAAUCGCAACAGCAAGCCUGCAGCAGGUAUCUUUCCACUCUCUCUCCUCUCGCUCAUGCUUUGGCCCAGACGAGUUACUUACAAAAUGACGCAAGUGAAACGUGGCACUGUGCGCUCGGCGCCGUCAAGAAAGCAGCAACGGUACUCGCUCAUGAAAAUAAUAGGAGCUCUGGCUCUGAUUGGUGGCUUUGCUAUACUUCUUUUCCAGAGUGAUCCAUUCCCUGGGGUAAGAAAAGCUGCCAUGCGCCAUCGAAGGGAUCUUAAAAAAUCAGGGGCGGACGUAAACAUUGUAACCGGGGAGAUUAAAGAAGAGAAAAAGCGACCUGACGCGAACGAUAGCCACACUUUCACCUUCGAACUUUCCGCUCUCAAUGACGGGAAGAAGGGGGAGAUUGUGAUUGAACUAAGACCUGAGUGGGCUCCUCUCGGUGUUGAACAUUUUAUUCAAUUGCUGGACGAUGACUUUUACAAAGAUGCCAAGUUCUUUCGUGUGGUGGACAAUUUUAUUGUCCAGUUUGGUAUUGCUGCCAUUCCGUCAAAGAAAUAUAAAACUCCAAUCAAGGAUGACCCAGUUGCUCAAACAAAUGCUAGGGGGACCAUCACUUAUGCGACGUCUGGACCGAAUACGCGAACAACACAGAUGUUUAUCAAUACCAGGAAAGACGGAAACAAGUUUUUGGACAAGCAGGGAUUUGCACCAAUCGGAGAGGUUAUCAAAGGCAUGGAUUUGGUCGAUCAAAUAUAUGCUGGUUAUGCAGAGAAGCCUAACCAAGGAAAGAUUCAAGCGAGAGGUAAUGAAUAUCUUGACAAGGAAUUCCCAUUACUAUCCUACAUUUCCAAGACACGCCGAGGAACCUCUUAAUGGAACACAUUUGCAUUCAUAUUCAAAAUAAUGAUGACCUACAAACGUUGAACUAGUUACCAGUUUUUCCAUCGGUUGUAUUCUCUAGAAUUCCGCAUUGACAUGCUUUGAGUAAAUCCAUUCAGAACUGAAGACAAAAGGACUUCUUUCAGUGUCAAAAUUCUUUCCCCCGUAUUCCAAACAGUUGUAAUAUUUCGAGAUCAGAUCGGCGAGAGGUUUCUGGCUUUUCCAUGGCUCAGCGUUUUGAAUAUAAUCCAUGACAUCUAAGUGACUAUCGAAUUCACGAUAAGUGUCUUCCUUUUCAUCGACCGCACUGUUGCUUGUUGCAGAUAUUUUCUCUUGUGUCGAAGAGAUAGAUGUGUUGUAAUAACCCGGGGAAAGUUCGGAUUCAUGGUAAGGCCUUCUCAUAGACUGCAUACGAUUGUACAAGCGGGCGUAGAAGGCACUUUGCGCCCCCGAGGUUAGAUUUUUCCGCUGCUUGGAAUGGUAUGUCCUAGCUUUCACGACUUCCUGCUUUAUCUCGUCGUCAACUUUAGCGCAUUUCAUCACAUGCUUUUCGACACUUGACGCCGCUGUCGACAAAGACUCGUAGCUGCCGUAAAAAUACCUGCCUCCAGCAACGCCGAGACAAUGACGGCAGACAAUGUAGGGUUGUCCCGCUCUGUUUUCGUCGUCCGGUGUCGCUAUACCUAUUACUGUUUGACUCAUGACGAUGGCCACAUAAUCUGUCAAGUUGGCACGAUCCUUUGGGCGAAUAACCUCAAACCCGUCACCAGAUUCAUGACAUUUCGAUCCUUUGCUUGGACCAAGAUUCACUCCACUAUCCUCCUUCAUUUGAGACAGUAACUUUGAGGGAAAACUCUGCUCACAAUGGUACUCUUCAACUGGCAAUUUGAUGGAUGGGGAGAAAAGAUCCUGAUGAUUUUCUGAUAAAAAUUUGAUGAGAUCACGUACAAUAAUUAUAGUUUGUUGGUAUUCUUGAAUAGGAAGAUUGGCCUCUUGCAGAAUAGUUGGUGCGAUUAUAAGGAACUUGAAGAGGUACCGACAGUCUAGUAUAUCACUCCAUUGCUUUCCUUCGUCGAGUUGGAGGCUAUCUUCUUUUCCAAACGUUCGAGGAACUAACUUGUCGAACAGAGAUAUGAGCUCGAUAGCAACUUUAUCAAUUUUUUGUUGCAUAUUUGCAACUGUCAAAGUAUCGGUUUCAUCAAUACUUGCUAUAGUUGAAGACACAAAUAAAUCUACAACUCUUUUGAUUGACAAGGUUUGACCUGUUCCGUCCCCUUGUGAAACUUCGUUAUUCUGUUCCAAACAUUGAAUCAAGAGCCGUUUUGUUAGCUUCGGAACGUAACCAAGACCGAAGCUGUUUGAUUCUGUGGCGUAAUUCGAUCUCUUUUUUAACAACGAAUCCUUGCGAUGAUAAUUUAUAUUUUGGCUUUUCACUGGUACCGGUGGAACGAAAGAAAUUUCCGAGGGUGCAUCACCAGCAAUGAGACUCCAACCUUCCUGUUUGAGGUGAGGCCAAACGAGGCCAAAGAAGAAGGGCUUCGAGGAUGGCGUUGGUGACAACUGAUUAGUUGUUCCCAAUGGUUCCUUUGAUUCUGAUCCCUGUAUGGAAUGAACCGAUUGCUUAUCGAUUUCAAAAUUUUCUAAGGAAGGAUUUUUCACUUUCGUCCCACCUAGUGCUCUCUGUGCGGCGUCAAGUAUCUGUGAUUCAAUCGUAACAAAACUGCUCUUCACAUCAUCUAGAGCAAGUGUGUACAAAGAAGAUUGUACCGCGGUUCGAACUACGGCAAGAAUUUGCGUUUUGACAUACCAGUGAACGUCGAUGCAAGUUCCUUCCAAGGCCACAGUAUUUUUCAAGUCUCGGAAACAAGUAACUUGCUUUCCCUGUGAACUCCGUUCUUCGUGCACAGCUACAAUUUGAAUUUCUUUGACAGAAUCGAGUGUGGAAACUGGCUCAUUGCAUAGCUCCAUUGCAUUUACGUAUGGUCGAAUGAAUAAGGUCUCCUUGA